AACUUCGAUACCCAGCAUGCAAAGAAAAGGUUCGAUAUUCCCAAGUGCAUUCUGGGAAGAAGAAGUAUCUCGACUGACCGUUGUCAAGCCAUUUCUUGUGAAAUGAGAGUCAUUGAAGGUUCAUCAGAAAACAUUAUUGAACACAGUUGAUAGGUUGUUUGCAUUAACAUAUGACAAAGCCCUGACACCGACAGCAAUGGGAGCUGAUAAGAGAAUCAGUCGCACAGAGCGCAGUGGCAGGUAUGGCUCUGAUCAAUCACGGGAUGGGUCAGAGUGGCGGGAGAGACGUGGGAGAGACCAGGAGCGAGAGCAUGGCCGCUGGGGCGAAGAGAGACGCAACGACUGCCAUGACGUCGAUCGCCGGGGGAACAGAGACAGCCCUCCGAGGGAGAGAAAGCGCCGCAACAGCGACCGCUCGGAAGACGGCUAUCACUCUGAUGGAGACUACCCAGAGCAGGACUACAGGGGAGACCCCGGGGAGGAGAAGGAGAGCAAGACCAUCAUGCUCCGGGGCCUGUCUCUCCAUGUCACAGAGGCUGACAUCCGGGCUGCGUUGGACCAGCUGGAAGGACCCCAGCCAGUCGACGUCAGACUGAUGAAAAAGAGAACAGGUAUAAGCCGAGGUUUCGCCUUCGUGGAGUUUUAUCACUUGCAAGAUGCUACCCGAUGGAUGGAGACCAAUCAGAAUCUUCUGGCCGUCCAUGGGAAAAUUGUGGCCAUGCACUACAGCAACCCCAGGCACAAGUUUGAGGACUGGCUCUGCAACACAUGCGGCCUGUACAAUUUCCGGAGGAGGCUGAAGUGCUUCAGGUGUGGAGCAGCCAAAUCUGAGUCUGAGGGCGGCAACGCUGCCGGAGUCCCGGAGACCCAGACAUGUGGGGACUACUACGGCGACACCAUCAUCCUGAGGAACAUCGCGCCCCUCUCCACGGUGGAGGACAUCAUGGCGGCCCUGGCGCCCUACGCCAACCUGUCGGCCGGCAACGUCCGCCUCAUCAAGGACAAGCAGACGGGCCAGAACCGAGGGUUUGCCUUCGUCCAGCUCUCCUCGCCCCUGGAGGCGUCUCAGCUGCUGACCAUCCUGCAGGGCCUGCAGCCCCCUCUCAAGCUGGACGGGAAGACCAUCGGUGUGGACUACGCCAAGAGUGCCAGGAAGGACCUGUUGCUGCCAGACGGCAACCGGAUCAGUGCCUUCUCUGUGGCCAGCACGGCCAUCGCUGCUGCCCAGUGGUCCUCCAGCCAGGCACAGCCGGGUUUAGAAGGAGUGUCCGAGUACAGCUACCUGCAGGAGGGUUAUGUUCCCCUCGCCCAGGACUACCAGAUGUACCAGCAGGGCGCAGGAGCCGAGCCCUCCCUGGGGAAUGGGAUCCUAGGAGCGGCCCCAGGUAUGAAGGUGCUGCCUGGAGCAGCGGGAGUGGUGAUCUCCCAGGGGGCCCAGGUCUACCAGCCUCACAUCAUCAGCCAGCCUGCCGCGCUAAGCACCCCCAGCCUGCUGGAGGACAAGCCCCACGGAGGACUCUCAGCUGCUGCCCCCUUCACGGCUCCCCCCUCCACGGGCCCCCCCACAGCCUCACAGGCAGCCUCAGGACGAACGGGUGACAGCCCCUCAGCUCCAGACACCUCUACCUACCAGUAUGACGAGUCCUCGGGCUACUACUACGACCCUCAAACGGGUCUCUACUAUGACCCAAACACCCACUAUUAUUACAACUCCCAGACCCAGCAGUACCUGUACUGGGACGGCGAGAAGCAGGCCUACGUCCCCGCCUCGGCCGACGCCAACCCAUCCGGGCAGAGCGGAGGCUCCGGCGCCAGCGCGGCGGCGGGCAAGGAGGCCAAGGAGAAGAAGGACAAGGCCGAGAAGCCCAAGAGCAAGACGGCCCAGCAGAUCGCGAAAGACAUGGAGCGCUGGGCCAAGAGCCUGAACAAGCAGAAGGAGAACUUCAAGAGCAGCUUCCAGCCAAUCAGCCACGAGGAGAAGAAGGAGGCGGCCGCCGCCGACGCCUGCUUCACCAUCUUCGAGAAGAAGCAGGCCGGAGCCUUAGAGAGGCUGGUGUCGGAAGCCGUGAAAAGCAUUGAAGAGGAGGUCCCAGACGCCGCCGCCGCCAAGGGUGGUCUGGUGGCAGCCUACAGCGGGGACAGUGACCCUGAGGAUGUGGCAGCAGAGCCAGAGAGCAGUGAGGAGAGUCAGGACAAGCUGACGGACUGGAAGAAGAUGGCCUGCCUGCUGUGCAGGAGGCAGUUCCCCAACAAGGACGCUCUGAUGAGACACCAGCAGCUCUCUGACCUCCACAAGCAAAACCUGGAGGUCCACCGCAGGGCCAAGCUGAGUGAGGCUGAGCUGGAGGAGCUGGAGAGGAAGGAGACGGAGAUGAAGUACAGAGACCGGGCUGCAGAGAGGAGAGAGAAAUACGGUAUCCCCGAACCCCCAGCACCUAAAAAGAAGAAAUUCACCCAGCCCAUACCGGUUGUUAAUUACGAGCAGCCCACCAAAGACGGCCUGAACAGUGACAACAUUGGGAACAAGAUGCUGCAGGCGAUGGGCUGGAGGGAAGGCAAGGGCCUGGGACGUAACCAGCAGGGCAUCACCGCACCCAUUCAGGCUCAGCUGAGGACGAAAGGAGCCGGCCUGGGCACCAAGGGCAGCAACUACACCGUGUCCGCUUCCGAAACCUACAAAGACGCCGUCCGCAAAGCCAUGUUCGCUCGUUUCACUGAGAUGGAGUGACCGCUCCCCUGUCGCUGCUGCAUAGGAUCCCUCGCCUGGCCUGGCCUGGCCUGGCCUGGGGAAAACCCUGACCCUGACCCUGGGCCUGGUCUCAUGGGAGCUGGUGGCGGGGGUGGAAAAGCAGGGUGCCUAGAGAAGUCUUUCACAGUACACAUGACUGUACCAAGACCAAGUUUUUGAAUUGAUUUAUACACUGCACAGGUGCCAACAUUGCAGUAGAGGUAAAGAUGUCUUAAGUUGAGCAAAUGUAAGUUAUAGAUAAUGUAAUUUAUGAUUUGUAUAUACACAGUUCUUUAUUUGCGGAAGGUUGGGUGGGGGGAGGGGGAGGGGGGGUGUGUGUGAGUGAAUGCUGUGUUCAAAAACUUUAGCAUGUUCUAAUCAUUUGUACAGUUUCUAUGGAAAUAAUCUCUGUACAGACAGUAAAUGAGAUUGAUGAUUACAA